AAAAGAAUAAAUAAUUUAUAUUAACGGUUUUUCUUUUCUACGCAAAAGAAAGUUUUGUUUGUUUAAAUAUAUUUCACAUUAUAUAUAUAUCCUCUUUUUGAACUCUUUUUUAUAUAAAAAGGUUAAUCGUUAUUUCAAAUUACCUGCUUUCUUUAUAAUUAAAAAUGUCUGUAAACACAAUGAAUGAUCAACAAAGAAGACAAUAUCAGCAACAACAACAACAUCAACAGCAGCAGCAGAAUAAAGAUCUUGAAAUGCUUCGAAGAAACUAUCGAACAGCCUUGUCUGAACUUACAUUUAAUAGUAAACCUAUUAUUACCAAUUUAACAAUCAUGGCUCAAGAAAAUCAAGCUGCGGCUGCUGUCAUUGUAAAGGAAAUAGAAAACCAGCUUAGAAAUAAUGCGGCUGGUCAAAAAUUACCUGUGCUAUAUUUGAUUGAUUCCAUUUGUAAAAAUGUUGGUGGUGUCUAUAUCUCAAUAUUUGGAAGAAAUAUGGUCAAUACCUUCUUGGAUGCUUAUACUCUAAGUGAUGCCAAUGUCCGAAAAAGCUUUGAAAGGUUACUGCAAACUUGGAAGAAUGGCUUGCCAGGUGGUCGACCCGUUUUCCCUCGUCAUAUCAUUGAGCCUAUUGAAAGAUCAAUCAUGUAUAUUCGGGAAAAACAGGCAAAUCAGCAACAGCAACAACAGCAGUCUAUUAAUAUCCAUGUUAACCCAAAUUUUGUGAAAAAGGAUCCACGUCUUCAAUCAAACAACAGAGAUCCUCGUCUUAAAAAUGCAACACCUCCUCAACAACAAGCUACCAAGCCAGAAAGUUCUAUGUUAUCAACUACUACAGCUAACCUCUUGUCUCAAUUACAAUCCAUUCUUCCUCAGCAAUCACCUAUGAAUGCUGCGUACCAACCUAUAAUGAAUGCAUUAAAUAUGCCCUCUGCACAGCCAGUACAACCUAUACAGACCAUACAACCCACAACAAGUAAUCCUGUUAAUCAACUCAUUGGACAAAUUAAAGCCAUUUUGCCUACAUUACCUGCUGCUCAAGCAAAUUCUAUCGAGCAAUACAUAUCACAGAUUGCUUCAACAGCUAAUACAAAUAUUGGUGCUGCUAAUGGAACCAUUGCUCCUUCUAUAGCUACUGCUGUUGCUCCUAUUAUAAAUGCUAAUACUGUUACUGCUGUGGGUAACAGUGCGGCUACGGGUGCUACUACUGCUGCUACUGUCUCCGUUAGCACUCCCACCAUUAGUCACUCAGCUGUGAGUAGUAGCAUAAUAAAUAGUACACCUACAUUAGUCAAUAAAUCACCUAUUAUCAAUACUGCAUCAAUUUUAUCCCCAGCUCCCUAUACGGCCUCUCCUCCUGCUGCAACUCCAGUGAAUACUGCCGAGCUACUAAAAAGCCUAACCUCCAUGGGCUAUUUGGAUCCUACUCCAGGCAAGCCAGUGGGUUUAGAGAGCAUGGGUCCAUUUUUAUUAGAUUCCAAAGACCUCCAAAUUCCUCGGCCUGGUGCUAUUGAAUUACUUUAUUCUGCUGAACCUCUUCAAUGCAAACAAUGUGGUUUCCGAUAUCCUAAAACCGAAAAAGGACAGCAAAAGAUGGAUGCUCAUUUAGAUUCGCAUUUUAGACAAAAUAGAAGGAUGAAGGAAAGAGUGAAGAGAGGACUAUCCCGUUCAUGGUUUGUCACAGUUGACGAAUGGAUUCAUGGUGAAGGCGGCGAAUCUACAAGCCAACAAGUACCUACAUUUCUUCAUGAUGGCGUAAGUCAGUCCGGUAAAUCAAACGAAGGCGAUAAAGCAGAAGAAACCAUUGAUCCAGAUAAGCACACUGUUGUAAGACAUACGGAUGAAAGAAAGACGUGUCCUAUCUGUGGUGAAACAUUUGUUGAUUUUUGGAAUGAUGAUGAAGAAGAAUGGAUGUACAAGAACGCUGUGCUGGCGGAUGAUAAGAUCUAUCAUGCUACUUGUCAUGCUGAUGUUAUCAAGAACGCGAAUUCAGCUAGCAAUAACAUUGCUUCAAAACGUAAAUCGGAAGAGCAGGAAUCAAGUCAAGCUAAACAUCAACGCAUUCAAUAAUAACAGAAAAGAGCCUCAUUGUAAUAAAUUCAUUUUUGUUCCCCCCUUUUUUAUAAUAAAUAGUA